GUAGACAUUUUUUAGGUUGCUGGACAAUGUCCAAUAGAUACUUAUAGAAACAAAAGUCAAUCUUUUUCAAAACUUCGAAAAUACCAUUUUUAGUUUUUAAAAAAUUUCGUGCUCCACAGAUGCGCAUUCCCCAAUUCCCAAUCCUAUCGCCACAACACGACGCGACGCACACUUCUCCACUCUCUGGAACUCUCGCCAUGCUUCCGGCUCUCGCCGCCGCCUCGCCGACGCUGCAAACCUCUCGCCCGGUCUCCCGCCUCCGGCGCAACCACCGACACCAUCACGGUGUUCAUCUUCACCUCCACCACCGCUUCCCUCCCUUAGCCGCCGACGGCGGGGGUCGCGGUCGCUUUCUCCUGGUCGGCACAUACGCCGCUUCUGAUGGUAGCGCAGGACAGGAUGUUGGUAGUCCCGAGAGCAUGGCAAAUUCAGGAUCUGCAUAUGUUGGUCUCUUUGUCCGAAUGCUUGGCUUGGAUAAUGACGCUCAUGAUAGGGAACAUGCUAUUUGCACACUCUGGCAUUACUCCCUUGGUGGACAGAAGUGCAUCGAUGAGAUAAUGCAGUUCCCAGGUUGCAUCAGCCUCAUCAUCAGCCUCCUAAAGUCAGAGUCUGCUUGUGCUUGUGAAGCAGCGGCAGGCCUUGUGCAUAAUAUAACUUCAGUGAAGUUAUACAGGGAUGUGGCAAUUGAGAGUGGAGCAAUGGAAGAAAUCUUUAGCUGUAUCCGUAAAUCCACGAUAACCCCAGAGAUAAAGGAGCAGUGUUUGUGUACCAUUUGGAACUUCUCUGUUGACGAAAAUUUGAGAUACAAGCUUUUGGGGAGUGAUAUGCUAAUACCAAUAGUUAGGUUCCUAGAUGAUGAAGACAUAAAAGUGAAAGAAGUUGCUGCUAGUAUCACAUCAUAUUUAACUUUAAGUCAUUCUUAUCAUGGAGCUCUGGUCGAAGCUGGUGUAAUUCCAAAACUGGUUCAUCUUCUGCAAACCAAAGACGAUGAUUAUAAAAGUAUCAGAAAGGAAGCUAGAAGGUCGCUCGUGGAACUAUCCACGGAUGAUAGUUACCAUGCCCUUAUAGUGGGUCAGGGUCUAGUCCGGAUUCCUCUGGUUGGCUCAUCCGCUUAUAAAGCCUUCAGACCUCAACCUCAUUCAUGGCCCUCUUUUCCUGAUGGCUCGGAAAUUCAACGGAGUUCUCGGCCUUCAAAAUAUGGUGCAACUGAAUUGCUUCUUGGCCUGAUUCUAAAUGAGAAGAAAGCAGAGCCAGAUGAAGCUAAAAUUAAUGCUAUGAUAGGGCGUUCUAAUCAGCAAUUUCUUGCACGCGUUGGAGCUAUUGAGUUUGAUUAUGAAGGGAAAGAACAAUCUGGAUCUCAAAGGAAUGAUCACCACACCAUCUUACCUUGGAUAGAUGGUGUUGCACGGCUAGUUUUAAUAAUUGGUCUCCAAGAUGUCUCUGCAAUUGCAAAGGCUGCUCAUGCAAUCGGUGAUGCAUCAGUAAAUGAACACAUGCGCACUUCAUUCAUGGAAGCUGGGGCUGUGAAAUCUUUACUUCAGUUGCUGAUGCAUAAUGAUGUACCUGUCAGAGAAGCGAGUGCUUAUGCAUUGGAAAAACUAAGUGUCAGUUCCGAAGUUUGUGAGAAGAUCAGAGUAGAAGAUGGCCGAGAGCUGCUUGUAAAUGUACUGAAGGAUUCAGAUACCCCAGUAGAACAAUUGGAGAAGAUAAUCCAUAUACUUUCUCGAAUACUUGAUAUGGAGGUCAGCAUGAUUACUGCGCCUGAUUACUAUGCUAGUACUGGGUCUGAGGAUAUAGCGGACGAUGAGAAGUGCAGUCAAGGUAAUGUAGAUGGUGAGCUCAAUGGAACGUCCCAAAAUUUAUUGAAACAAGACGAGUUGGAUAGUUGUAGCGAUUCAAUCUUUGACCUUGAUGUCAUCUCACGCUUAAUCAAAGUUCUUAAGAAUCAUCUCCAAGCCUGCAAGAAAAAUGUGCUACUCUCCUGGAGCAUUUAGCAGCUUGUGAGCAACAUGGCACUGCAAUGACUGCUGCCCGAUCUGAGUCAGUAAUUGAAGCUGUUCUAGAAAUGGGGGUUAUUCAUGGUAAUUAGUUUGAUUCAUUUAUGCAUAAACAUUAUAGAUGCAAAUGCAGACUUAACUUCUUGACUUAUUUUGUAACCAUCCACCAAAUAGAUCGAGUUUUGAAUUUGGUUACUUCCACUCUGAAUAAGUUCGUGAGUUUUACAGGAGCAAAUGAAUAAGGCCAUUCGGUACAUACUACAGUACAUAAUCAUCGUGCACUUUCGAGAAAACGCAGGGGACUCAUUGGGUAAGAAAUUAGGGAGUCGAUCCUAGCGCUCCCCUUCUCUCCCCCUAGCGCCCCCCCCCCCCCUCGCCGGCGGCCACUCCGGCCCCGGCGACCACCAAACCCACGCCGGCGCCUGCUCCGGGGCCGACGUCCACCUCUUCCUCCUCGCCGGUGGGCACUCCGGUCCCCGGCGUCCACCUCCUCGCACUAGCUCGUUCCUCGGUGCCGUUCGCCAUGGCAUCUCGGGUGUCCCUCUCGGCGUCCUCCUCCGGCUCCUUGCCCCUCUCCCCUCCGCCGCCGCCGCCUCCUAGGCCGGUCUUGCUCAUUGGUCGUUGUGCCCGACGUGGUGGGCACGACGCGUGGUCCAAUCAUGUGGACCGAGGCUGCAACCCCCUCCCCCCUUCCUCUGGCGGUGGGCGAGGCGCCCUGGCAGACGCAGGCCGGCGUCGGGCGGUAGCCCCACAGGCGCGCUCCCUGACCAGGCCGGUGCGCCGCUCCCCUCCGGGCAGGUGGCCCAACAUCCUGCCGUCGUCGCGGCCGUCGAGGGGCCGGAUCCUGGCGAAGCUUGUUGGCUGCUGCUACAAUUGCGGGAGCGACAAGCACAUCUCGGCCAUGUGCACUAACCCGCCGGUCUGCGUGCGCUGUGACGGGGAGGGCCACAUCUCGCGGGAUUGCACGCGUCCGCGCCCCCGCCCCCGCAGUUCGUCUCCGGUGGAUCCUCCGCGACUUCCGCCGGCUCUCCGUCAUGGCCACGCCCCGCCGUCGUCUGGGGCGGCACGCACUCUGUCCCCGCCGCUUCCGCCUCCCCCUCCCGGGCCGCCGCCGGCGGGCGCAGUUCGGAUCGGUGUUCCGUGGAGUCGGGUGGUCAGCGCUGGGUCGGUGGGCAGCAUGGUGGUGCCCGGGCCGGCUUUCUCGGUUCCGUUCGAGCCGGUGGUUGCGGGUGAGGCGUCGCCCCCCAUGGUGGAUGAUCAGGUGGAUGUGUGCUUCCUGGAGUCGGGCCCCGACCUCCGGGCGCUCGAGAAGGAGCUCUCUCGGGCCGUGGUGGUGACCGUAGUUGGUGAUCGAGACGCGGCGGAUCUGGCUGCGGUGGCUGGAGUUCUUGUGCAGGAGUUUGAGCUAGCCUGGCUGGACAUGUCCAUUCGAGCAUAUUUCCCUGAGGAUUUUCCUUGUGUUGUGCCGUUCGUCGGAGAUCAGGAGCAGGUUGCUCAGGCGUGGGCGGGCUGGCACGCACCAGUUUGAUCUCCUGCUCGCGCCCUGGUCUCGCCACUCGCACGCCACGGCCAUCUCCAUGCCGUUCCUGGUGCCGCUGGUGCUGCGGGGCAUUCCGGCGAAUGCGUGGACUCGGCGCACGGCGGAGGUUCUUCUGCAUGGCCUGGGGGUGGUGGUCAAGGUCGGGGCAUCGACCGCGGAGCGGAGCGACAUGGCGGGGUUCCUGGUCUGGCUACGCACGGACGACCCAACUCGUGUCCCCUUCAGGCGGAUCCUUGCCGUCGAGGAGCCGAACAGGCGGAGCAGAGUUGCUGUGCAGGUGGAUGGUGGUUCUGAUGCCCUGUGGUACCCGAUUGGCAUUCGGCUGGUGGCUGAGCCGAUUCACCUUGGGCGGCAGGCCGGGACGCCAACGCCGCCGCCGUCGCCCCCUCCCCAGCCAUCUGCUGGCCACGGCGGCGGUGGCUCGCGCGCCGAUGACUUGGGCGGGCCUCCGCCGCCGCCGCCUUCGCCGCCUCGCCGGGCAGAUUCCUCGUCGGCGUCGGCCCCUUCGCCUGGCAGAAACCGGGCUGUUCAAACCCAGGGCGGCCAGCGGGCCAUUCAAACCCAGGCUGGUCAGCGUGAGCUGGCGGGAGAUGUCACGCCGCUAUCCGAGCGCAGGGAGGACCCUGAUCCUGUCGGUUGCCAGGGUACGUAAAGCGUGGUGGGCCGAGGCACGGUGCAACGUGUCAUGCAAGCAGAGGCCAGCAGGGCUGUCUCCCCGUUGGAAAGCAGAGUGGGGGCGCUGGUUGGGUAGCCGGUUCAGUGGACGGGCCGCAGAUCAGCGCAUCAGGAUCGCCAGGUUCGGUGAACCAAGUGAGGGGAAGUCCGAGGCCGCAACAGACAGAGGGCGAGACUGACAGAGCAGUGUUGAUAGAACCUGCGGUGGCGGGACCGGAGCCCAUGCAAUCAGUCAGGAUUGGCGGAUGGGAGGUACAAGUGGACCAGAGCGAAUCUCGCGACGCCCAUGGCUCCGAUUGGCGUGCGGAUCUCACCACGCCCUAAGUGGAUGGACCUGAGUUGGACAACAGCCUGUUAGGCAGCCCGCGUGGCAUGGGGACCCCGCUGGGCCCCACCCUGCAUGCGGAUGGGACGCGCCCAUGCACGUCGAAGGAAGGCUGGUUUCUGGUAAGCCUGUCGCAGGUAGAUGGUGAAACGGAUCCGGGGUGACCGCAGGGACACUCCCAGGGGCAGGUGGGGACGCCACUCCAGCAGGCACAUACACAUAUGGCCCCCUCCCAGGCCCGUCUCCGCACCGCAGGAGCAAGUGGCGCAGUUAUGCUCGGAGCUGCGUAAAGCGCUCUCACCUUUGCUAACCCAGCCUACAUCCAGAGAGCUACCUAAACAGCAGAGGAGGCCACGGCAGAAGCGACCAACGGUGACCUCGCCGCGCCGGUGUGUGAGGCUGGCAAAGGGUGGGAGGGGCUCCAAGGCUUCAAAGCAACAGGCGGUGUUGAUCCGGAAGCUUUGCCUAGCCAAUGAAGGGAACCAGAUCGAUGAUGACGCACUGCAAGCCUACGUCAAAUUGUUCGAUAAGCCGUUGCUUGACUGCCAUGUGAGGGCGAUCUGGGCACUGUUUGGGUGGGAUGCUUCGGUGCUGCCCUUGCAGUGCGAGGAGGCAGGAGGGGCCGAGGGCCAGUAGUACGAGCCUGUGUGGCACGUGGUUCGAUGGGCACUCUCCAUGACUUCAAACCUGCCUAAAAUACUCGUGUGGAACGUGCGAGGACUCAAUUCGCCGGCUAGAAGGAAUGCGGUGUACCAAGUAGUUGUGGCUGCAAAUGUGAGCAUUGUAUGCCUCCAAGAAACCAAAAUGGAGUCCAUCUCCAUUAAUGUGGUUAGACAUUGCCUGGAUAAUAAAUUCGAGCAUUUUUA